GCGGUGGACGAGGACGCGCUGUCACCGGAACUGAAGUGACCGGAGCGCUGCUGUCGGGGAAGGAGUUGUGCGCCGCACCGGAAGUGGAGCCGGAAGUGCUGUUGUUUUGGGUUGAGGAGCUCAGGAUGUUCGCUGGUUUACCGGAGCUCGGUGUCGCCAACGGAGAGGAUCUCAAGGAGACUCUGGCCAACUGCACCGAACCCCUGAAAGCCAUAGAACAGUUCCAGGUCCGGGACUCCAUAAUCAACCCCUUCCCAGCCAGCAGGGAGACCUAGCAACCCCCCCACCUCUUCCCCAUCACAGACACCUAUAACCUCCCCCACAACCUCCCUGACACAGACACCUAUAACCUCCCCCGCCCUGACACAGACACCUAUAACCUCCCCCGCCCUGACACAGACACCUAUAACCUCCACCGCCCUGACACAGACACAGGGUCUAAAUUUUCUCCCACACCUCAGCACAGAGACCUAGACCUCCCCACCCCUCCCUGACACAGAGACCUAGAACCUCCCCCACCCCUCCUGACACAGAGACCUAGAACCUCCCCCACAGCCUCCUGACACUGAGACCUAGAACCCACCUCUUCCAUGCCAGCAUGGAGACCUAGAACCUUCCCCACCCCCUCCCUGUCAGAGACCUGGAUCCUCCUCUACCCCCUCCCUGUCACAUAGACCUAGAACCAGUCCCCCUUCCCUGCCACAGAGAGACCUGGAGCCCUCCCAUCUACCCCCUGCCACAGAGACUGAAAACCCUCCCUGUCACAGAGACAUAGAGCACAUCCCAACCCCAUACCUGUAAAAAAGAAACCUGGAACCGUCCCAUCUCCCCCCUGCCACAGAGAUCUAGAACUCUCCCAGCCACAUAGACCUAAAACCCUCCCAGCCACAGAGACCUGGAACCAUCUCAAGCCUCUCCAUUUCACAGAGACCUGGAACCCUCCCACCUCACUGCCACAAAUACAUAGAACCUUACCAUUCCCUGGCACAGAAACCUAACCCCUUCUCGCCUGCCACAGAGACAUACACCACCCGUUCCCUGCCAAGCGGACCUCAGGGGUGUGGAAAUUAAAAAAAAUAAAAUAAAAGUAUACUUGUCCAAGGGAUUAAAGUAGUAGCCUAAACUACUUGUUUCUCAUGACAAGCUACUUGUCCUGACCCACAACAUAGUUUCAAUUAGAAAGGUUGAGGCUGUGGGGUAUGUGUGCGUGCAUGCUGUCUCUGUGUGAUGGUGCUUUCAUUUGCCCUACCUACUCACCUCUCAGGGAGCAGGGAGGGGGUUUAUAAACCCAGAUGGUCCAGAAGGGGUCAAAAGGGACUGGUUGAUCUAUGGUUUCUGGAGAUUUUGGCCACUGUCUUGUCUUAUGAGGUUAAACUGUUUAUAAAUGGUUUAACCCCCAAAGUCCUGGCCCCUCUGCCUCCUCCUUUCAGUGGGUGCUGGUCAGCUGAUACUCUCAACUUAUAACUGGUCUCCGAUUGAGAGGAAUGCUUGAGAAAAGUCUGUACCUUCUUAAAGCAUUUCUCUUUAGCAGUCUAUCCCAUCUUACCUCACAUAAUUUGUAACAGCGACAUUUAAUGCCGUUUCAUCUUCUUACUCUACAGCUACCUCACUCCACUCAUUAAUUCUAGACACAAAAUUUACAUCUGAAGAACUUGGCUUGUAUAUUAAUUUUUGCUUUACCUCUUAUCUCUGUUGACUUUCUUAGUUUAGGUUAAUUUUGUAGACCUGUGCAGUACCUUUUUAAUAGUAAAGAUAAUAAUUGCUAUUAUUUUUUUUUAACAGAUUGAAAAUGGAGUACUGCUACCCUCUCUGCAAUCAGCUCUGCCAUUCCUGGAUUUGCACAGUAUCCCACGUCUGGAGUUCCAUCAGACUGUAUUUGAUGAGCUGAGGGAGAAACUCCUGGAGAGAGUCUCAGUCAUUGCGUCCGAAGGAAAGAAUGAGGAGAGGUACUGCAGGGGUUAAUUUCAUUAACUUGCCAUUCCUGGCACAGCAUGUAAACCGAAAAAAUAAAAACUAGUGAGAUUUAUUUUUAAUGAAACCGAUAAAAACAAAGAAAAAUGCUUUUAGUUACCUGUAAGACUAUGUAAAAUCCUGUAAAGAAGACUUCCUCUUUAAAUGACAUUGGACUUUUUGUUGUGAUGUUUUCAGAGUGAUAUUCUAUAUUUGGCUCUGGUGUGUUUUCUCUAUAGGUACAAGAAGUUAGAGGAUCUUUUGGAAAAGUGUUUUGUUUUGGUAAAGAUGCCCUCUAUACAGCCAGUAGUCAUGUGUGUUAUGAAGCACCUGCCAAAGGUAGGUUGGUCCCCUCCCCUUACUGGUCAGUAAUCUGUUACAAAGGGACAAUCCAAUGUGGACUUACCUCAAAUUUAAAGCAAGUAUUUUUUUUAUUUAUUUUUUUAAUCAUUAAGUCACAUCAUCUGCUGCAAGUUUCCCUCAAUUCUGCAAAGUGAGAAGCUUUGGAAAGUGACAGAAUUGUGUGCGCAUGCUCAAUCAAGCCCUUCAUGGCUUACCUUUUUUUUGUUUAAAAAUAAAUGUGUAUUAAAUCACUUUCACAAGCGGCCUGCACGUGUUUGCAUGGUGUUUCCCUUUAGCUAUAUGUAGGAAUGCUCACUGAAAACAAUACAAAUCCCAGUUUGAUUCUUUUAGAUGUACACAGCUGCAGGUGAUGGCAAAUUGUUUGUGAAAACAUAGUUUGGAAACUGGUGUUAAGAUGAUUAUCAAAGGUUAAUAUAAUACCCUUCUUUGUACCAGAAAAAAAGUUUAUUAUUUAUUGUUAAGACCACAACAAAGAGCUUUAUUGAUCCUUGCCUAACAGACAGCCCAAAAAGAAGAAUGGAAAAUGAAGUCCAAGUUCAAUAUUCAUUUCUUUUAUAUGCAUGAUAUUAAUUAAAAUGCCAUGAAAUGUAUGUACAUGGAGUUAAGUGCUUUAUUUUCCUGUCAUUGUGUCGUGAUUAUCGGAAUGAGAGGACUAAAGGAGCAUUUCAGCAUGUCGUUUUUUUGACACUUUUUAUAAAAAUGAAAUGGAUCAUUUUUAAAGCUGGGGGCAGAAACCCCUUCACGCAGAGCACAGGCUGCCAGGGAGGUUUGGCUCUCUUUUCUCAGAGCUGUACUGUCUUUUAUUGAGAAUUAUUGGAAACCUUGUGCGUGCAAUCGGCUCCUGCUCAGAGGCUUCUCAAUGAUGUAUUCCCAGGAAUAGACUAAAAGUCUGUCUCGGAUACAGGAAAGGCCUAACAAAGUCUGCAACAAGAUUUUUUAUUUAUUUUUUUUCUCUCUAUAUACUUCCAAAUAAAACAUGCAGACAUAAAUACAAGCAUGUUUUCUUUGGGGAAGAUCUACUAAAUAAAUAAACAUUAAACAAGGAGUGUUCUUUUAAGGCCUUUGAUGACUGUAGAUAGCUAGCGAAGAUGUGUUCAGACAGUUAUUGAACUGAUCAAUCUGUGUAUUUCAGGUACCUGAGAAGAAGUUGAAGCUGGUUAUGGCAGAUAAAGAACUGUACAAGGCUUGUGCCGUGGAAGUAAAGAGGCAGAUUUGGCAGGAUAAUCAAGCACUUUUUGGGGACGAAGUUUCUCCUUUGCUAAAACAGUAUAUUUUGGAGAAAGAGACUGUUCUACUCAGCAAUGACCUUUCUGUACAUCACAACUUCUUCAGCCCCUCCCCCAAAGCUAGACGUCAGGGCGAGGUAGGACUCCUUAUUUUUUUAGUAAUUUUAAAGUUUUUGGGGGGAUAUUGAACAUUAGAUUUUAGUGUAAACUGAUAAGAAAAUUACAUAAACCUGUGCAAGUAUAAUAUAAAUGUAAGUGAGUUGUUUUUUGUUUGUUUGUUUUUUUCAUUGUAUAGUCCAAGGGGAAAAAAAUAAGGUUGAUAAAAUCAAAUGUGUUUUGAUUUUGUGCAUGAGAGCUCUAUUAUGGAAACUCCAGUAACCCAUUAUGGUUCAAGGAUAGUUUAUCUGAUUCUGUUCAUAAAACUGUCCAAGUGAAUGGGCCGUACUUUGAUGUAUACUAACCAUUUGAUAUUGCAGAACCCUAGAUAGAUUUCAAGGUUAGUAAUUCUAGGAUCCUUCAAGUAAUAACCCCAGGGAGCCAUGUCUACCAUAUAAUGCAGUGACUGUCUUGUCUUUUGUUCUUUGUUGAUAUGACAACAUAUUACACCAAAAUGAUUGGGGAUUUCUCUCUCUCUCUCUCUUUCUCAGGUGGUACAAAAGUUGACCCAGAUGAUUGGGAAGAAUGUUAAGCUCUAUGAUAUGGUCCUGCAGUUUCUACGGACGCUCUUCCUUAGGACACGCAAUGUACAUUAUUGUACUCUUAGAGCCGAGCUGCUCAUGUCCCUUCACGAUCUGGACAUUAGUGAGAUAUGCUCUGUGGAUCCCUGCCACAAGGUAGGUGUCUAAGCUUUCUGAUAGGUACACAGAUUGAAUCUGUUAUGCUGGUGACAUUGUUAGAACUUAUAGAAAAAAGAUAUAUACAACUGAAGCUUUCUUUCAUCUCCUUAAAUAUGGCUGCUAUAAUAAAGGCAAUAACAUGCAAAUACCUGUGUGGUUUCCCACAAUGCAUUGUGACCAGCUGUUUCCCAUAAUCUGUUAAUACUCUUCUCAAACUGUGAAAUUGUAGCACAGUAGUAUAUGCAAUAAAAUGUGGGAGGGAGGAGUACAGAUAUUGAGAUUCUGUAUGUGAGUAUUAAUGGGGAAUUAUUUGUAUUUGGGCAGUGAGUGAACUAUUUAGCAGAACUACUUUAUGAUACUCAUUUCUACUAUAUUGGUGGUAAACUUUGUGACUAACUUUUUAUAUACAGCCAUGUAUGGUUGAAAAAUGAGAACUAAUAUCUAUUUUCACCACUAGAGGUCACCGUUGAUACAAAGUAUCUAAAUCCAUUUUACUGUUGUAAGUAUUAUUGAGGGCUAACAUCUCUACUUUCUCCACUAAUCUAAAUAAAUCUGUCUUUGGCAAUAUAAAUGGCAAUAAUAAUUAUAACAAAAUGUCUCAGUUUAUUACUGUAAUGUAAGCUAGCAUAAACCACUAGGUGCUCUUCAAUGGUACUUUUAUAUUAUUUUAGGUGAUUUACUGUCUCUUUAAGUAGGUUAGAGAUUUAUUCGCUCACUAGUUGGUCUGUAUGGAGUGUGGUCUAAUUUUAAUGGUACAUACCAUUCGCUCACAAAGACACUGGUUUUAAAAGCAUUCUGACUGCAAUAAAGUCGUUAGUGUUUUUUUUUUUGUUUUUUUUUUUUGUUUGUUUGUUUUUUCCUUUGUGACUUAUUUUUCUUUAGAAGUGUGUCCCCUGAUUAGUCCAACUUCAGGCUGAGGGGAUUGUGCCUCUGUUUACCAUAAUGUAUAGUGCCCAGCUGCAAGAAGGGCAUUGUAAAUAAUAAAACCAUUAUUUUUUAAGAGAAUUUCUGAACUGCAUAGGCAAUGUAUGUAAUAAUUUGGUUGAAUCAGUAAAUCCUAAAAUGUUUCAUUGCCCAGUUAAAUAAAGUGCGCUUGUACAACUUGAAUGCAUUCCCAAUGGUACAUGGCUGUGUCAUAUAAAUACACAGAUCAAAAGACUUUAACUAACCCUGGACAUGAUGGUUAUGAAUAAAAAGUCCUGCAUGUAUUGUAUAAUUUCACGGGAUUUCCACUGUUAUUAAACUCAUGGUAUCUGUAAAGGGACAGCGCUGACUGAGGAUGAUGGAAGCUGUAAUUUGUCUACCUGUAGUCAAGCAGAACAUAAUAAAUCUGUCCACGGCUGUGAAUAUGAAGAUUCCCGGUUACCACACAUAAGAGCUAGAAGCAGGGUUUCUUUUUAUAGAAAUAAGCCGGACAUUUUCUGUAAUGUGCUUUUUACCUUGCGCAGUUUACGUGGUGUCUGGAUGCCUGUAUCAGAGAGAAAUUUGUUGAUGCCAAGAGGGCGCGGGAACUGCAGGGCUUCCUAGACGGAGUGAAGAAGGGACAGGAGCAGGUUCUUGGGUAAGAGUCAUGAAAUUUAUUUAUUAUCCAAACUGAUGCUAAAUUAAAAUGUGAUCUAAGCCUGUUCCCAACCACUCUUCUCUGCCACAGAGAUUUGUCCAUGAUCCUUUGUGACCCAUUUGCUAUCAACACCUUAGCACUAAGUAGCAUCCGAAAUCUUCAGGAGCUCAUCAGCCAGGAGUCCUUACCACGGGUAUGUGCAAGUGAUAUCUUUACUGUUUAGCUAAAAGUACCGUCUGGUUUAUUUGAACAAGAAUUCAAGAGUCAGCAGUAAUAUUUUCUCAACCAACUUAUUAUGCUGCCGUAAAGUCUUUGUAUAAAUUAACCAUUUAUCUUAUUGAACAAUAACCACUUUGCUCUAUAGGACAGUCAAGAACUGCUGCUUCUACUGAGGAUGCUAACUCUGGGGCAUGGAGCCUGGGACAUGAUUGACAGCCAGGUCUUCAGGGAACCAAAACUGGUAAGGACCUAUUGUCACAAACAUGACAAUAGUCAGGAAUUUUACAUUCAGCCAAAGUGGCAGAUCUGACAACAUAGCUUACUUGGAGAAUUUUUCCAGUUUGGUUACUUUGGGCAAACCUUUUUAAUUCUGUCUAUUCACUCUUUAGAGAAGAGUCUUACGUAGCUUAUGCAAUUUAUUAUUUAUGGUAGGCAAUAUUCAUUUAAAUAAAACGAGACCCCACAAUAACCACACACAACGUUUCAUUACUUUUCAAUGGGCUUGGCCGUGGUGUUUAUUCAAAGCCCAAGAGGCUUACAACCAUAACUUUGUAACCAUGACCAUAUAACAUAUGGUUCACCAACUUUCAAAACAUUUAACUUUAUUAACCACCAAAUUCCCAUUCAGUCAUCACUAACCUGAUCGCGUUUUACUUAAAACUUUCAGCUUUAUUAACCACCAAAUAGCCAGUCCGUCAUAAUCAACCUUAACAGCCUUUUAUUUGAAACCAUUUACCACAACAUCCUUACUCAGAACUUGACCCAAUGCUUCAUAACACCACGACAAUACAAUUAAAUAUAAGUAAAGGGGGGAGGGGUCCGUCCACACCGUUCCUGCUUCAGUCCACUCUGACAGGAUUAAAUUUGUGCUGCUUCUUUUAUACUGUCCCAGUUUCCUGCUCUUUUUUUCUGCUUGCGACCUUCAACCAAUCCCAUGCCAGCUCCAGCCCCCUAGAAACAGCUGUUUAGCAAAAUUGAUCAAAGGAACCGCACUCACUCCCAGCGGCCACAGGUGCUCCGGAACAGGACCAGCAAUCCCAACACGUUAAGGCAGCAAGAAAGAUUCCCAGGCAUUUAAAGUGAGAAAGUCGCAGGCAGAUUUAUUGAAACAAAAAAGACCUCUUGGUAGGUCGAAACGUUGCUGUCUGUUUUGUUUCAAUAAAUCUGCCUGCGACUUUCACACUUUGAGUGCCUGGGAAUCUUUCUUGCUCCCAGAAACAUCUGUCAUCACUAUAAUCUGUUUUAUAUGUACGGUGGCAAUGAAGGCGUUAAUAUGUAUUGUCUGGGAUUUGAAUGUGAGGAAUUUUACAUCUUGUGUCAGUUGGUCAGUUAGACCGGUAUCUGGGCAGAAUUGAUGACACAGCUGUUUCUGGGGGCUUAUUGAAUUUGUUCUGGUGAAUAGAAUCAUCCCCUUCAGGCUUUUUGCUGUAAGCACUGUCUUAUCAAAGAAAAUGCAGUGUUUACAUUACAGCAUAGGGAUACCUCCACUGGCCACUCCUCAGAUGGCUGCUAGAGGUCCCUCCUGGGGCAGUGCUGCACACUGUGCACUCUGCAUGGAGACACUAAACUUUCCUCAUAGAGGAAAAAUGAGGAGCAUCUCUAUGAGGAGAUGCUGAUUGGCCAGGGCUGUGUUUGGCUUGUGCUGGCUCUGCCCCUGAUCUGCCUCCUUGACAAGCUCAGCCAAUCCAAUGCUUUCCUAUGGGAAAGCAUCGUGAUUGGCUCAGAGAAUCACUUCUGAUGAUGUCAGCCAAGCAGGCAGAUCGGGGGCAGAGUGCAGACUCGAAUACAAGUAAGAUUUUACUAUAUUUAGGGCUGAUUAGAUGGUGGUUUUAACACUAUACAGGGAGUGCAGAAUUAUUAGGCAAGUUGUAUUUUUGAGGAUUAAUUUUAUUAUUGAACAACAACCAUGUUCUCAAUGAAGCCAAAAAACUCAUUAAUAUCAAAGCUGAAUAUUUUUGGAAGUAGUUGUUAGUUUGUUAGUUUUAGCUAUGUUAGGGGGAUAUCUGUGUGUGCAGGUGACUAUUACUGUGCAUAAUUAUUAGGCAACUUAACAAAAAACAAAUAUAUACCCAUUUCAAUUAUUUAUUAUUACCAGUGAAACCAAUAUAACAUCUCAACAUUCACAAAUAUACAUUUCUGACAUUCAAAAACAAAACAAAAACAAAUCAGUGACCAAUAUAGCCACCUUUCUUUGCAAGGACACUCAAAAGCCUGCCAUCCAUGGAUUCUGUCAGUGUUUUGAUCUGUUCACCAUCAACAUUGCGUGCAGCAGCAACCACAGCCUCCCAGACACUGUUCAGAGAGGUGUACUGUUUUCCCUCCUUGUAAAUCUCACAUUUGAUGAUGGACCACAGGUUCUCAAUGGGGUUCAGAUCAGGUGAACAAGGAGGCCAUGUCAUUAGAUUUUCUUCUUUUAUACCCUUUCUUGCCAGCCACGCUGUGGAGUACUUGGAUGCGUGUGAUGGAGCAUUGUCCUGCAUGAAAAUCAUGUUUUUCUUGAAGGAUGCAGACUUCUUCCUGUACCACUGCUUGAAGAAGGUGUCUUCCAGGAACUGGCAGUAGGACUGGGAGUUGAGCUUGACUCCAUCCUCAACCCGAAAAGGCCACACAAGCUCAUCUUUGAUGAUACCAGCCCAAACCAGUACUCCACCUCCACCUUGCUGGCGUCUGAGUCGUACUGGAGCUCUCUGCCCUUUACCAAUCCAGCCACGGGCCCAUCCAUCUGGCCCAUCAAGACUCACUCUCAUUUCAUCAGUCCAUAAAACCUUAGAAAAAUCAGUCUUGAGAUAUUUCUUGGCCCAGUCUUGACGUUUCAGCUUGUGUGUCUUGUUCGGUGGUGGUCGUCUUUCAGCCUUUCUUACCUUGGCCAUGUCUCUGAGUAUUGCACACCUUGUGCUUUUGGGCACUCCAGUGAUGUUGCAGCUCUGAAAUAUGGCCAAACUGGUGGCAAGUGGCAUCGUGGCAGCUGCACGCUUGACUUUUCUCAGUUCAUGGGCGGUUAUUUUGCGCCUUGGUUUUUCCACACGCUUCUUGCGACCCUGUUGACUAUUUUGAAUGAAACUCUUGAUUGUUCGAUGAUCACGCUUCAGAAGCUUUGCAAUUUUAAGAGUGCUGCAUCCCUCUGCAAGAUAUCUCACUAUUUUUGACUUUUCUGAGCCUGUCAAGUCCUUCUUUUGACCCAUUUUGCCAAAGGAAAGGAAGUUGCCUAAUAAUUAUGCACACCUGAUAUAGGGUGUUGAUGUCAUUAGACCACACCCCUUCUCAUUACAGAGAUGCACAUCACCUAAUAUGCUUAAUUGGUAGUAGGCUUUCGAGCCUAUACAGCUUGGAGUAAGACAACAUGCAUAAAGAGGAUGAUGUGGUCAAAAUACUCAUUUGUCUAAUAAUUCUGCACUCCCUGUAGAGUCAGCAAUCCAUGUUUGUGUUUCUGAUCCUUUAGUGUUCCUUUUUAAUUUAUUUUUCUUGCAGCUAUUACUAGAUUUCUAUUUUUAAGUAAAUUUUACACAAUAAUACUGCUCUAAUUUAUUAUUUUUGGAACUCUCCCUUUUACUAAGGAUCCCGAUCUCAUCACUAAAUUCUUGCCCCUGAUGAUGUCAUUAGUAGUGGACGAUUACACAUACAACGUCGAACACAAGCUGCCGACCGAGGAGAAAGUGCCGGUCACUUAUCCAAAUACAAUUUCAGAAAUCUUCACAAAGUGCGUAAGCUGGGGAAUGGAGGGGGGCUGACAAUGUAGAGAUUGCAUUCAAGUGACCAGACACCUGUCUGAGUGGCCCAAGCAAGUCAUUUUGCGAUAUGAACUAUCCUUUUCAUACAGUUCGUUGUUUUUGUUUUUAAGGGGCUCCAGUCUAACAAUAAUAUGCACAGGUCCGAAUGCCUGUUUCUUAGUUUCUGUGUUGGGACAGGAAGUGGGUUCUGUCCUGGUCAGAUUUAUGUUUACAGUAAAAGACUAAUUCUUUUAACCCCCUUCAUUUUGCAUGUAUCUUUGCAACUGAUUGCUGGCAAUGUGUCUGUGUGUCAGGUUCCUCCAGGAGAAUAGAGUUGCUUGUGAAGUUGGUCUCUAUUACAUGCUGCAUAUUACCAAACAGAGGAAUAAGAACUCCGUACUGCGUGUGCUACCAGCUCUCAGUAAGUGAAUGCUUUGUAUAUCCUACCAGUUUUACUUACAGGAAUUAUGUAUUGCUGCAUAUAGCAUCCAUUAAAUAUUGUAAAGCGCUACGGAAUCUGUUGGCGCUAUAUAAAUGGCGAUAAUAAAAAUGUUUACUAACGAGUCACUUACUGUUAACUCAUUUUUGUGUAUAGGGGUUGUUUGUAUUUUAUGUUUCCUUCUUCUUAUUAAACUGCUGACACAAUGACAUGGCAAACAUAAACUUGGUUUAAGGGAUAGCACUGAUAUACAAUGAGAUUUAAGAUCUAUCGAUCGGGCCGGUUAGUAAAAAAGUACAAACAGCGUUUCUAAAACAUCCGUUAAAUGCAGCACUAAAAUGUUGCCCUUCCCAAUCUGUGCAAAAGUUCACGAAUAACUCCAAAAUAAAAAUUUGAAUUUGCCCUAUAGUGGAUAACCCUGUAUGCAUUUUUGGGUGUUUUUAUCCAUUUUUUUUUUUUUAAUGAUGGGAAGUAUAAAAAAGAAAUGCUUACCAUAGGGUAAUUCUGUGAGAACAAAAAUAAUGAAAUAUUUAAUCCGUAUAUGCUACCCUCACAUGUUGUAGAGCCAGAAUCCCAAAGUCAGCUUGGUAUAGCACGAUUUAUGUUUUAUUAAGAUUUAAUCAUGUCUAGAAACCACAUAUUGCAAAUAAAACGUAAUGAUGGUGAGAGAUAAGUGAAACUAGCUCCUUUUUACCUUGUGGGUUGUUGAUGCCGGUUGCUUUCUCUUUUUAGAGGAGACUUUCAGUGACACCUCUUUCACAGACAUCUUCUUGCACCUUUUCACCACUUAUCUCACCCUGCUGUCUGAGGAGUUUGGAUCUGAGGAAUUUUGCACCAGUGUCUUUGAUGGUUUCUUUCUAACAACCUUCACAAAGUAAGAUUGGCUUCUAGGUAAUCUACAUCUACUUGUACAAUUGUUACCACAAAGAGACACAUUGAAUUCAGUUCUCUAUGAAAAUCAUUGGAUUGGCCCCUAUGUUCCCCAAUGUUUCUCUAGGAGAAGGAUUGGACAAAAGUCAUUAGAAAUUACUUAAUUGGAGCUGCAGCAACGUUCUGGGCCAGGUCAUUUUUAACAAUUUUUUAACACUAAUGUUAAAGAUAAAUAUAUUUUUAAAGUUGGAGUUUUCCUUUAACUGACUAUAUCAUGGAAAAUGAUGCACAGAUUAUGAUCAGAGGACAAGCAGUAACCGGCACUGAUUUAGGGAUGUUGUAUGCAUGGUCUUAAAGGGGCACUAUAGGCACCCAACCACUUCAGCUCAUUGAAGUGGUCUGGGUGCAAUGUCCCUGUACCCCUUAGUCCUGCAAUGUAAAUCAUUGCAGUUUUUGAGAAACUGCAAUAAUUACAUAGCAGGACUAAGAUCGCUCUGCAUGAGGACAUGGAGCAUCCCUAAAUUUACUGUAGGAAAGUAAUGUUAGGUGGGGGAUGUGCCAAGGACCAGAGGGAAUUAUAGUGUAAGGAAUACAUACAUGUAUUCCUUACACUUUAGACUCCCUUUAAGUGUAAACAUUAAAAACAAAUUAUCUUUAAACUGGAGCCAUAAUGCACCCAGCAAAUGCAUAGCUUUUAAACAUUGUCUGUAUAUGUGUAGGGAUUCAUUGAGAUUUAUUAUUCAUUUAUUUUUAACCUAAAGCUGAAGUCUCACGUUUCCUCUUGAAGUGUCUACAAUUUGGCUAAAAUGUGGGAAGGAGCCAGUGGGUAUGUCCUCUACGAGCCCUUUUUAUUUUUAGUUUGUAGCUCUCUGGCAGCAAAAUGAGAUCUAUACUGAAACCUAGGAAGGCACCUGGACAGCCUGCAAGCAUAUUAAACCUAAAUUAACUUUCUUAGUUUUAAUAUGUAUGCUGAGAUAUGUCCGCUUUUGGCAAAGAAGGAACUAUGGCAAGUUAAAAAAGCAGCAGAAUUAUUGUCCGCAACAAAUAGUUUUAUUGAUUAAAGUAAAGUUGUCAACUCUCAAAAGCUUUUUCAUCUAAUCCUGUCCUCUCUCCACCUAUAGGAAAGAAAAUGUACACAGACAUGUCCUCCGGUUAUUACUUCAUCUGCACCACAAGGUGGCACCAACCAAGCUGGAGGCACUACAGAAAACGCUGGAGCCAUCAAAGACGGUACUUGAAGAGUGCACGUUUCUGAUUUAAUUUAUUUGUUAUUCUGUAUGGAAACUAAUAGUUAUGUCAUUUAUGUAGAGCGGAGAUGCUGUUAAAGAAUUACAUACCCAGCUGAAUGACAAGCUGCAACAGAAAAAACCUAGCCCCCCUCCAGCAGACCCAGAAACGCCGACCAUGGAUCUGUCCUUGCAUGCUGUCACUACUCCUCCCAUUAUUUGAUAAACUCAUGUUGUAAAUCCAAGUGAACAAUCUGAUGUCACACAUUAAGGGACAUUCACGGCCAUCUUAUCUGGUGCUUUCUACUGUUCGUAAAGGAACAUCGCCACCUACUGGCCAUCACACACUGCAACGGCUCAGGUUUUACUGGAAUUGUAGCAACCAUCGAGACUUCUUAGUUUAUUCACAAAGUCCUGACACUUUCCAUGGCGGUGUAUAAAAACUGAGAAUGUCGUGUGCCUCAUUAGUUUUAUUUUGAUUACUGUGUUGUAUGACUUAAAUAGGCAUAAUUAACACCAAUGUUGUCUAAUAAUUUCAUACAAGUAUUUCAUAGAAAUAUUUUUUUAUACAUAUUUUAUUUUUUACUUCUCUGCAAUAAGAACCUGUUUAAUACGGCUGUAGACCUUGUUAUUGACUUGAAGUUAUAACACGAUCAUUCCACAUGGAGGCAAUUUAGGCAUUUGAGAUCAGGCGCGAUCCUGAGAAUAGAUCAUUGUAUUUAAAGGAUACCUGUUAUGGUACAUACAACAUCUGCACUUUUGAGAUAGCAUAACAUUUAAUCUAUACAGUGUGCUAGAAAAUGUAUGGAUUAGGAGAAAAACCUAUCUAGAAAUCGUUCUUUCUCACACUUAUUAGUCAAUUCACAGACUCUAUGGGCAGGUAGACGAGAACACUUAACACAGAGCUGCGGUUGCUAUGGUAAUUCCCUAGCUGAUGCGGAUAGCGUUGGGGUGAGGGAGUAUAGGAACUGAUGUCACUCAGAUCAGAUGGUGGCAUGCGGUUAGCCAAACCUGUCUGCUAGCAUCACAAUAGAGUCUUGCCUUGAUUGGGACGUUUCCAAGCAGGGCACAGAAAGAAGACUGUGGACGUAGCGGCACUGGAGCAGCGGUAAUUUGAGUAUAUCUCAGAACUUUACAUCAUAUACCUCUGUGAUAUGAGGUUUUUAAUGCAUUUGGGACUUAUUUUAAGAAAGAUUCACUUUAAACAUUAAAGGUUUUAGUUACUUGGUAGAUACUAGGCCUGAAUUGGAUUUAUUUAUUUUUUUUGGAUCUAAAAGAAAGUCAGUUGUACUUUUUAAAGCAGAAAAUUCAUAUGCUGCCUGGUGACAUCAGUACCCCCAAAAUCCUGUCUGAUAGCGCACUGUGUGUUCUGACACAAAAUAAUAUCCGUUACAAAGAUGUGGGCUUUUGCCUAGACCCAUGGACAUAGAUGGGGCUAUUUGCUAAAGUCAUUUACACAAACUGGAGGCAAAAAUAGCGAAUCUGGAAAUAUUCUCUAACUUUGCUAUAGUUAGAAUGAGUGUUUAAUAAAUUGCCCUGAGUGUAGUCUCUCCCGUGUCAAAGAAUGUGCUGGUUGUAUGUACUGUGUUUGCUUCCUGUCUGUCUCUAUAAUUUGAGUGUUAUGCAUAUAUAAGCAAUGCUUCCAAUAUAUACAUGUAACUAUGAA